UUCAAAAUGGUUAAAGAUAUUGUAAAAAUUCUUGAUAUUUCAUGGAGAUUUGGUGUAACUGCAGCAAGCAAUGAAUCUGACAACAUGGGAAAAUCAUUUCUUCAUCUAAAAUUAAGUUUAGAAAAAAAUGGCAAAACUAAGAAUGUUUUUAUAGAAAUGACAAUAAGUGAAUUUUAUAAAUUUGUGCAUGAUUUAGAAAAAGCAAAGUGUAAUCUUGAUUUAUUACUUUAGAUAAUAUUUACAAUAAUUUAGUUGUGAAUUGAAUCAUUUUAAUAUUUUAAUAAUGUAUUAUUUUUAAUUAUAUUAUUAACAAUAUUUUUCAUAUCAUUUAAGAAAAAUACAUACAAGA